AUGAACGGUUACGUAGGAGUUCAACAUACCUUGGCUGAACUUCAAAGGACGUACUGGAUAAUCGGUGGAAUCGGAGCCGUCAAAACGGUACCGAACCGCUGCGCGUCGUGUCGCAUUCGCGAUGCUCGGCCCAUGCAACAAUUGAUGGCACCAGUUAUUCCGGAUCAAUAUGCUAUCUACCAACAGGCGUUCAGCACGUGUGUCGACUACUUUGGACCAAUCAUAGGUGCGCGUGGGCGUUUACGUGAACGUAGGUACGGCUGUCUGUUCACUGGCCUGACAACAAGAGCAGUACAGAUUGAGAUGUCCCCAACACUGGAUAAGGACUCCUUCCUAUGUGCGUUCACCCGUUUUGCUGCCCGGCCUGGUUGGCCGUCGACGGUGUAA